GGUUUUGUUACAACAGUUGACGCACUGAAGAUGUUUAACACAUCUCCAUUGGAGAGGACAAUAGCACAUAAUGAUUCUAAAUCAAACAGAAUAGCUGCUGUUGGUGAUGUUAAACACAUAGUUUCCACAGAAUUACCACCAGGUACUAGUGUUGCUUCAGCCUCUAUCAACAUAUCCACUGAAGAAUGUGAAGAUGUAAAUCCAACUUUCUGCAGGAUUCUCCAGUACGUGCUGAACCGAACAAUAUCACCUAGUACACCACAAACAACCAGCCCAACAACUAAUAACACGACUGUAUUAACUACAGCAGAAACUGAUUAUGUUAGCAAAACAUUACAAUCGUAUAUCAGCAAAACAGCUGCCGUCACAUUUCCAACAACAACAAAGCUCAUCGUAACAUUUCCGACAACCACAAAAAUCCUUAAACCAACACCGGUUAACCAUGUUUCUUUGACAACUGUUUCAAAAAGUACUUCACCAACGACGACCACUAACUUCUUGGACCUGUUGAUGCAUGUAAUAGAUAAAAGUAACUUAAACAUCUCGUUGACAGAUAUGCCACCAACGCUUAAAGCAGUGAUUGAAGAAGUGAAUGCUCACAAUAGUACCAACGUGGACAUAACCACUGUCAAUUCUAUUCUUACUCAGUUAGAUAUGCUGACGAAUGGAACGACUCAGUUUGGAAUCCCAGAAUUGAGUAAUAUUCUACUCAUUGUAUCAAAAUGGAAAACUUCUAACACAGCAACAAUUGAGAAGAGUGCAAGUGUUAUUUCAAACCUCAUGGAAACAGUAAGCAACAAUGCCAGUAUAGAAACAGGGGAAGUAGAGAAUGCAAUGCAAAACAUUUUAUUGACGAUGCAAAACAUUGUUACAUCAUCUGUGACAACAUCCGUUUCUAUUUCAUCAUCAGCAGUUGAUAUAUCAACUCGAACUGUUGAAGAAAACAUAACAUCAAGCUUUGAAGUCUUUACAUCAGGUGGAAAUAUUGUUCUUUCUCAUAAGUUGUUCAUCAACAGAAUAGUUAGAAUAUCAACAGUUGUUUUUCAAGAGACACUUGGUGAGAAAUUGGGAGGAUCAAACAAUUUUGGAGGAGCAGAAGUCAGUAGUAAUGUUGUUGCUGUGUCUCUAGAAGACUUGAAUAAAACAUCUCCAAGUGCAAUAGCAGUCAAUGAAACAGGGGCUAUAAUUAUCACAUUGCCUACAGAAAUCAGAAGGAGGGAGAAAAGACGUAUAUGUACCUACUGGGAUUUCAAUCUAAAAGGUUGGGCUUCUGACGUAGGAGUAAUAUUAGACCAGAAUGAUACCUACACAACCUGUAUGUUUGACCAUCUGACUAACUUUGCUGUACUUGUUCUGUAUUUUGAUGAUGAAAAGGAGGUAUCCAUCAACCAAGAAAAUAUUUUGAUGAUUAUGACAACAAUCGGAUGCAGCAUUUCAAUAACAUGCUUGGGGAUGACCGUUGUAGCAUUCGCAUACUUAAAACUUAUGUGCAAAGAGACCAUUCUUAUUCAUGGAAAUUUAUCUAUUGCUCUGCUGAUUGGACAGCUAGUCAUGGUAGCAUCCAACGAUGCUAUUGAAAAUACGGUUGCUUGUAAGGUGGUUGCAAUGGUUAUGCAUUACUUUUUCUUGUCUUCUUUCUCCUGGAUGAUGGUGGAGGGAAUUGCAUUAUAUCUUUCCUGUACACGAGGCCUAUAUAGUCAAGGAAACAUGAGAAUGAAAUAUUGUGCUGUUGGCUGGGGAAUUCCUCUUGUGAUUGUAAUUGUGUCUAUAGGUUGUGAAUUCCCAAACUAUGGCACGGGCGAACGACAUAGUUGCUGGUUAUCUACAGAUGAUGGAUUGAUAUGGGCUUUCAUGGGACCAAUGCUGAUAAUAAUCAUGUUCAAUAUUUUUGUGCUCGGAUUGGUAGUGAAAGUUUUUCUUUCACUGCAAACUAUUUCAACCAAGUCGGAAACUGCUAAAAUUAGAGCCAGUAUAAGAGCAAUGGUAUUUUUGCUUCCUCUUUUGGGAAUAACCUGGCUGUUAGGUAUCCUUGUUCCACUACAUGCGACUUUUCACUACUUGUUUGUUGUUGGAAACUCCCUGCAGGGAAUGAUGAUCUUUUUCCUUCACUGUAUCUGUAACGAUGAAAUAAGAAAGAAAUUUCUAGAGAAAAAGAAAAGACUCAGUUCGACACAAAGAACAUUUGCUGACCCUGAUAUGACAGUCAUAGUUAGAAGAAAUAAAAGGAAGAAUAUGUUUUCGGAUGUUCAGUUGGAGAUUCAGAAUGCGCCAAGAGAUCAUAAGUAUGCUUGGGUAUCGUAAAAGCUGAAUGUCCAUCAACUAUGCUAUGGUAGAAAAGCCAUUCAAAUAAACUCUGCUUUUGUUUCUUAUUAAUUACUCAAUUAUACGUCAAAGGUGGUUAGAUGGAUAACAAACAUUUUGAGACUUUACUAUAUUUUCUGUUGUUAAUCACACUGUAUAAACUGUUUCGCUUUAGCAAUAAA